AUGGAUCAUCUAAAAUGGCCAUCGAAAUAUGUCACGUCUAGUUUAUCUGCAGCAACGACUUUGCAUAGUUUAUUUUGGACAACAGCUACCAACUAUCCUCAUAAUCUUGCGGUAGUUUAUGAUGACCUCGAUCAAAAAUGCUUUCUGUCUUAUCAACAGCUUGCAAACUUUUCUGAUCAAGUAGCAAAUGCGAUUGAAGACCUAUUUGAGCAUCAAACUGUAGAUGAGGUGAUCGGAUUGUACUCCAAGCAAGAUCUAGCCCUUUUGCCGGCACUGCUAGGCAUUUUGACUUCAUCUGCUGCGUACACACCGAUCGACCUCAGUUUACCUACAUGUGAUCAAGAUGACUGGCUGGAUAAGUUACAAAUUUCUACUGUUAUAGUUGAAGAAGAUUUAAUCCAGGACUUCAAACGCCUAAAAUGGACUGAAGAUGUUAGAACUAAGAAAAUUCAUGGCCCCAAUUCCAUUAAUUUGCUUUUAGUUAGGAGAAUGAGUCAUACUAAUCAAGAAAGAAAAAAUAAUUCCGAUAUAGUCUUUCUUGCUUCACCAUUAACUUUCGAUCCAUCUGUCGUUCAAAUCUUUAUUGCCUUGGCUACCGGAGCAGCAAUCCUUAUUGCACCUAAUGAGAUUAAAAUUCGCCCGAGACAACUAUGUAAAGUGCUAUUUCAUCGAAAUAAAAUAACCGUUUUUCAAGUAACACCAUCGAUGUUAUAUAACUUUGGAAAUGAUCUUAUAAAAUCGGAUAUUUUAAGCAAGUCCACUUCACUAAAAAUAUUAGCCAUAGGUGGUGAACCAUUUCCAGAAAUGAAAUUCUUAAGGAAUUGUUAUCAUCCGGCAUGCAAGGUGCAAAUAUUUAAUCUAUAUGGAAUAACUGAGGUUUCAAGUUGGGCAACUUAUUAUCGUGCUGAUCUAAUCUCAGAUGAUAAUAUACCACUCGGCUUACCAAUAACUGAUACUAUUUUAGAAAUUUAUGACGAUAACGGUCAUAAAAUUAGCCAAGGAAUGGGUGUGUUAUGGAUAGGUGGCAAGCGAAGGAUAUGCUAUAUUAAUGAUGAAAAUUUUAUUUGCGAUAAAACCAUGAGAUCAUCUGGCGAUUAUGUCAGAAAAGAUGAAAAUGGAUUUAUAUGGUACAUAGGUCGCCGUGAUUGUCAAAUUAAGCGACAAGGAAAGAGGAUAAAUUUAAAGUCCAUCAAAGAGGAAAUAUUGCGAAAGAUGCCUUCAGUUCUGAACUGCCAUUUAAUUGCAGAUGAAAACAAGCAAUGGUGUCGACUGGUAGCAUUUAUUACUACUUCUUUAGAUCGUUCAGACUAUGAUGAAUAUAGCAAGACAGUAAUUGAAAUUAGAAAAAAUUUAAAGGGCGUCCUAUCGACAAAUUCUAAUCCUGAUGAUGUACACGUAGUAGAGCAUCUACCAUUGACCAAUAAUGGCAAGAUCGAUGACAAAGCUCUUUUGCAAUAUCACCGCUUAAACUUUUAUGCCGAUUAUAAUCAAAGUCUCCUUCAAUAUAUUGACACUAUAUGGAAGAAAUGCACUAAUUUAGAUGAACAGAUCGAACCUAUUACUGCCGAUGAAGCAACAUUUUUAAGUAAUGGAUCCUCGAUUAAUGCUGUUAGACUUGUCAACCUUAUUGAAGAUUGGUUAGAAUCUAAGUACAGUGGUUUAAAGCUACCUAAACUUUUGGAUUUUAUCCUUCAUAAAAGUUUUAAAGAUGUGUAUAGAUACGUUAGUGGAGAGAUUGCAAACUUCAUUGAAUUGAACAACGAAAGCAUUGCAGCUAUUGAAGAUAGUAAACGAGAUAAACGACAACUGAUCGACAAUAACAGUGAUUUAGAAACUAGUAGCUCUAAGCGGAUUAAAUUUAUUCUUCCUUCGAUAAAUAAUCAAAUCAAUAAUAUGAUAAGAUAUGUUAAAAAAGGCAAUAUAAUGGAGGCAUUCGGCAAAUUCGUUUACAUCGGUAGCCAUUUCCAUAUUUUUGCUGCUAUAAAUAUGGAUUCGGGAGAAAUCCUAUGGGAGACAAUAUUGGGUGAUAGAAUUGAAUCAUCCGCCACGGUCUCUGUUUGUGGAAAAUAUGUUAUUGUAGGCUGUUAUGAUCAUCGAGUUUAUACGUUAGACAGAACUACUGGGGCUAUAGUAUGGCAAUUUGUCACUAAUGGACCCGUAAAAUCAUCUCCGUUGACGGAUCCAGAAACUGGUCUAAUUUGGAUUGGAUCUCAUGAUCACUAUGUUUAUGCCCUAAACAUUACAGGAAAGUGUGCUAGAUUUAGGAUUGAUUGCAAAGAUGGAUCUUGCUUUUCAUCACCUUGUCUUGGCACCUCACCACGCUUGCUCUACACGGCUACAUUAGCAGGAACUAUACUAGCAAUUGAUCCUGACAAUGGAAAUAUUUUUUGGCAGUUUCAUUGUUCUCGGGCAAUAUUCUCUUCUCCUUGCGUGAUUCCGGCCGGUAUUUGUGUGGGUUGUACUAACGGUACAAUUAUUGCUCUUGACAAUGAAGGAAGCGAAAAAACUUUUAAAUGGUUCUAUCGAUAG